UCACUGAUCUGUCACUUUAAAAUUUCUCCUCUAACUCAACUAAAACUUUACUACUUCACCUCACCAGUCACCACCUGUGAAGAGGCGAUAUACCGGAUAAGCUCUGUUCUAGAGAGAAAGAGAAAGAGAUUUCUCAGUCUGAUUACGAAAAUGUCUACACUACCACCGACGUUACCGGAUUUUCCGUCGGCUUUGCCACCGCCGGCACCACCUUAUAACCACAGUCAUCGCCAUGGUUUAACUGUUUUGCAUUCAGUGCUUGCUGGAGUGCUAGUGUUUGCAAUCUUCAUAGUUCUUGCAAUUACAUAUAGGAAACUUUCACGGAAACGUACGGUUCCUGCGGAUCUGAAAUCUCCCCCGCCGCAGCCGCAGCCGCAACAGUUGCAGCAGUUUUCGUAUAAUGUUCUCCGUCGUGCUACGUCUUCAUUCGCUGCAGCUAACCGGCUCGGACAAGGUGGAUUUGGUUCGGUUUACAAAGGCGUGCUUCCGUCCGGUAAGGAGAUCGCGGUGAAGCUUAUGAACGGUUCCGGAUCGUUGCAAGGAGAGAGAGAGUUUCACAACGAGCUUUCAUUGUCCACACGGAUCAGCAGCGCGUCUGGUGCGCAUUCACGGCACGUUAUAUCGGUUUUGGGAUUCUCCUCCGAUCAGAACCGGCGGCGGCGGAGGAAAAUGUUGAUUGUUUAUGAGUAUAUGCAGAACGGUAGCUUACAAGAUGCGCUGUUGUAUCGUAAGUGUCCUGAGCUCAUGGAUUGGAAAAUUAGGUUUAUGAUUUUACUAGACGUAGCUAAAGGUGUCGAUUUUCUUCACUUCUCAUGCGAUCCACCGAUUGUUCAUUGUGAUAUCAAACCUUCUAAUGUGUUACUAGACUGUAAUUUUAAUGCGAAAAUUGCUGAUUUCGGUCUAGCGAGAGUUUUAGGUGUAGAUGAGAAUGAGAUUAUUGAAACUUUCUAUGAAUGCUGCGAAGAAGGGGAUCAGGAAAACGAAACAGCCGAUGAUAACAACACCGAUGUUGAGAAAAAGAGAGAGAAUAUUGGGGAUUACAGAGAAGAAAACAGGUCAGCAGCAGAGGAAACUGAAAGUGUGGUAACAGGGGAGGUUGUAGUGAAUGUGGAUCCCGUAUCACCGGAGAGUUGCCGUGUUACCAUUGUGGAUGCGGAGGCGUCACCUUCUGAGUAUUUGGAAAGGGCAAGUGUGUCGGAUCAGCUUAGUGUUGAUAGCAGUAACCGGAGAUUUUUGGGGAGAAAGAAGAGCGGUGGCGCUGGAGGUGGUUCAGGAAGGGAUUGGUGGUGGAAACAGGAGAGUUGCGGCGGCGAUUCAGGGAGAGUGAAAGAUUAUGUAAUGGAAUGGAUUGGAAGCGAGAUAAAGAAAGAAAGGCCCAAAAAGGAUUGGCUCACAACUACAGAUCCAAUCUCGUCGGAGCUAGAAGCCAGUAGCGACAAUGCACCGCAGAAAAAGCAGAAAAAGAAAUCAGAAACAGAUAAUAAGAAGAAUCGGAAGCCGAGAGAAUGGUGGAAAGAGGAAUUCUGCGAUGAAUUAUCCAAGAAGAAAAAGAAGAGAAGAGGAAGCAACACCGGCGAGAUGUGGUGGCAAAGGGAUGAAGAAUUUGUACCAAAGAAGAAAAAGAGUAAAACCAGUAGUAAAGGAAGCAUCGAUUGGUGGUUGGACGGGCUGAGCGGCGAAUUCCGUCACCGGAGAAGAAACAGCCAAGAAUGUCCGAGUGGUGAAAUCCCUAAAAGUGGUGGUAUCAGUAGCACUCCAAGCAUGAGAGGAACUGUUUGCUAUAUCGCCCCGGAGAAAUGCGACGGUGGUCAACUCUCCGAGAAGAGUGACGUGUACAGCUACGGCGUUUUACUCUUGGUUUUAGUCUCCGGUAGAAGACCCCUGCAAGUAACCGCGUCCCCCAUGUCUGAGUUCGAAAGAGCUAAUUUAAUUUCAUGGGCGAGACAGCUUGCUCGCAAUGGAAAGCUUCUAGAUCUUGUUGAUCCUAAUAUUCAUUCACUAGAUCAAGAACAAGCACUCCUCUGUAUCACAACCGCCUUACUAUGUCUCCAGCGUUCGCCGGUAAAACGUCCGACGAUGAGAGAGAUUGUCGGAAUGUUGUCAGGCGAGGCUGAGCCGCCUCAUUUGCCGUUCGAGUUUUCUCCAUCACCGCCUACAAAUAUUUCGUUCAAGUCCCGGAGAAAACCUAGGUGAGUUAACUCAUCAGAAAUCAUUUUUAUUUUUUUAUUUUGUUAAUUAUUGACCAAAAAAGAAAAAGAAAAAAAAAAAGAGUAUAUAAGGUUGCUUCACUUGCAAAACUCAUGUUUCCUUGAAAAUCGCCUUUUCAUUUCAACAACUUCUGAAUUGAAAACGCCGUUUUAGCGAUGUUAUCAUUUAA